AUGGCAUUUGUUCCAUGGGAUUCACAUCUACAGAUCACAGCACUGCACUCCAGCCGGACAACAGAGCGAGACUCCAUCUCAAAAACAGAAUUGUAUCUUUUGUCCACUAUCCAGAACCUCCACUCUUUCGACCCCUCUGCUGAUGCAAAUAACAGUGAUGACCUGCUUCCUGCUGGCACUGAGGACUGCAUCCAUAUAAGAAUUCAACAGAGGAAAAAUGGCAGGAAAACGCUUACUAUUGUCCUGCAAGAGAUCAGUGAUGAUUACGAUAAAAAGAAACUAGCGAAGGUGUUUAAGAAGAAAUUUGCCUGCAAUGAUACUGUAAUUGAGCAUCCAGAAUAUGGAGAAGUAAUUCAGCUACAGAGUGACCAGUGCAAGAAGAACAUUUGCCAGAUCCUCGUAGAGACUGGACUGGCUAAGGAGGAUCAUGUGAAGGGUCAAGGGUUUGCCACUGCACCCAGCAGGUUCAUGGGUAUUUUUUUUUGCCACUGUGCCUGGCAGGUUCAUGGGUUUUGAGUGCUUGUGGCUCACUGAAGCUUAAGUAAGCAUUUCCUUGCAAUGAGUACAAUUUCCUUUCUGUCCUUUGUCACAAGUUUAAAAACCUCACAGCUUGUAUAACGUAACCAUUUGUGGUCUGCUUUUAACAUGGACUAGUGUUAACUCCUUCAUGCAAUAAAUGUCAUACAUAAAAAAAAGUUUAUAAAACCAUAUCUAUAGGCAGCCGGGCGUGGUGGCUCACACCUGUAAUCCCGGCACUUUGGGAGGCCGAGGCGGGUGGAUCAUGAGGUCAGGAGAUAGAGACCAUCCUGGCUAACAUGGUGAAUCCCCAUCUCUACUAAAAAUACAAAAAUUAUCUGGGCGUGGUGGUGGGUGCCUGUAAGUCCCAGCUACUCGGGAGACUGAGGCAGGAGAAUGGCGUGAACCCAGGAAGCGGAGCUUGCGGUGAGCCGAGAUCCCGCCACUGCACUCCAGCCUGGGAGACAGAGCAAGACUCGGUCUCACAAAAAAAAGAAAAAAAAAUCUACAAAAAGAACAAAGGACAUGACUCUUGAUACUAUGGGUGGGCCUCAUCCAAUCAGUUGAAGGCCAUAAGAGCAAAAACAGAAAGAAAAACAAGAUUCUGCCAUAAGACUACAGCAUCUGCUCCUGCCUCAGUUUCCUGCCUGCCCUACAGAUUCCACACAUGGGCACUGGUACCAUCUCCAUUUUGGGGUUUUUUUGUUGUUUGUUUUUUUGAAAUGGAGUCUCACUCUGUCGCCUGGCUGGAAUGCAGUG